AUGGGUGAGGUAAAUAAAGAUGCCGUUGAAAAAUACUUGGAGAACAAUCCUCAGUUUGCCAAGGAGUAUUUUGACCGAAAAAUGAGAGCAGAAGUACUGGGAAGUAUCUUUAAAGUGAGCCCUGGAGAUGUGAAGGAGGGAGUCAGCUUCAAAGACAUGUCUCGUCUGGAGGAAUGUAACAUACUUUUUGAGUUGAUUACAGAAAUCCAAGAUGAAGCAGGUGUUAUGGAAAAGAUAGUGCACAAGGCCCUGCAGAGGCUGGCACAGCUGCUGGCAGCUGAUCGGUGUAGUAUGUUUCUUUGUCGUUCCCGAAAUGGUAUUCCAGAGGUAGCCAGCAGGCUUUUGGAUGUCACUCCAACUUCCAAAUAUGAGGACAAUUUGGUAAAACCAGAAGAUGAGACUGUUUUUCCUCUGGACACCGGGAUAGUGGGAUGGGUUGCUCAUACGAAGAAGUUUUUUAAUGUACCUGAUGUGACAAAGAACAACCAUUUUUCUGACUUGCUGGACAAAAAAACUGGUUAUAAAACAGUCAAUAUGUUGGCAACUCCAAUUACACAGGGUAAAGAGGUGCUUGCUGUUGUGAUGGUACUCAACAAAUUAAAUGCCCCUGAGUUCUCAAAAGAGGAUGAAGAGGUAUUUAAAAAAUACCUCAAUUUUGUGUCUUUGGUCAUAAGAAAUCAUCACACAUCAUAUCUCUACAAUAUUGAAUCACGAAAGAGUCAGAUGCUUUUGUGGUCUGCCAACAAAGUAUUUGAAGAGCUAACAGAUAUAGAACGACAGUUUCACAAAGCACUGUACACUAUUCGAAUGUAUUUGAAUUGUGAAAGAUACUCCAUUGGUCUGCUGGACAUGACUAAAGAGAAGGAGUUCUAUGAUGAGUGGCCAAUCCGGCUGGGGGAGGCAGAGCCAUACAAAGGCCCCAAGACACCUGAUGGACGAGAAGUCAACUUUUAUAAGAUUAUUGACUAUCUUUUACAUGGACAAGAAGAAAUCAAAGUCAUUCCGUCACCUCCAGCAGAUCACUGGUGUCUUAUCAGUGGAUUGCCAACAUAUGUUGCUGAAAAUGGACUUAUUUGUAACAUGAUGAAUGCGCCAGAAGAUGAAUACUUCUCAUUUCAGAAAGGACCAGUGGAUGAGUCCGGAUGGGUUGUCAAAAAUGUCCUGUCAUUGCCUAUUGUCAACAAAAAGGAAGAAAUUGUGGGAGUUGCAACAUUUUACAAUAGGAAAGAUGGAAAACCUUUUGACGAGUAUGAUGAACAGAUCAUUGAAACUCUCACGCAGUUCUUGGGGUGGUCUGUUUUAAAUACUGAUACUUAUGACAAAAUGAACAAGCUAGAAAACAGGAAAGACAUUGCUCAGGAAAUGCUUAUGUACCAGACAAAGGCCACUCCUGCUGAAGUUGAAUCUAUCCUGAAAUACAAGGAGAAAUUAAACGUAAAUAGUUUGGAGGAAUGUGAUCAAAAGGAUCUCAUCAGGAUUUUGAAAGAAGAAUUACCUGAUCCAAAAGAUUUAGAACUGUAUGAAUUUCGCUUCAGUGACUUUCCUGUUACAGAGCAUGGCCUGAUAACUUGUGGAAUACGACUGUUCUUUGAGAUAAAUGUUGUUGAAAAGUUCAAAGUCCCAGCUGAGGUUCUUACAAGAUGGAUGUACACAGUCAGGAAGGGUUAUCGAGAUAUCACUUACCAUAACUGGAGACAUGGAUUCAAUGUGGGACAAACAAUGUUUACUCUGCUGAUGACAGGCAAAAUAAAGAAGUACUAUACUGAUCUAGAAGCCUUUGCCAUGGUUGCUGCUGCUUUCUGCCAUGACAUUGAUCACAGAGGGACCAAUAACUUGUAUCAAAUGAAGUCAGCUGCUCCACUGGCAAAACUUCACGGCUCUUCCAUUUUAGAAAGGCAUCAUCUAGAGUACAGUAAAACCCUGCUGCAAGAUGAGAGUUUAAACAUCUUCCAGAACCUAAACAAGCGCCAGUUUGAAACCGUCCUACACUUAUUUGAAGUUGCAAUAAUAGCAACUGACUUGGCUUUGUAUUUCAAGAAAAGAACUAUGUUCCAAAAGAUCGUGGAUGCAAUUGAAAAAAUGGAAACAGAAGAACAGGCAAUUAAGUAUAUAUCUAUUGACCCAACAAAAAAAGAAGUCAUCAUGGCUAUGAUGAUGACUGGAUGUGACCUGUCUGCAAUAACCAAGCCUUGGGAAGUGCAGAGUAAGGUUGCCCUCAUGGUUGCAAAUGAAUUCUGGGAACAGGGUGACCUGGAACGAACUGUGCUCCAGCAACAACCUAUUCCUAUGAUGGACAGAAACAAAGGAGAUGAACUACCUAAGCUCCAAGUUGGUUUCAUAGAUUUUGUGUGUACAUUUGUGUACAAGGAAUUCUCAAGGUUUCACAAGGAAAUUACACCUAUGUUUGACGGUCUUCAAAACAACAGGGUUGAAUGGAAAACACGAGCUGAUGAAUAUGAUGAGAAGAUGAAAGCUAUUGAGGAACAAAAGAAAAAGGAAGAAGAAGCAGCAGCAGCAGCCCAAAAAGGUGGAAAGGGUCGAAAAUGACCUAGUAACAUGGUGAUCCACAGCUUUCGAAUCAGAAAAUCCAGCAUCUGAAGAACCAAAAUCCAAAACAUGUGUAGUUUUGUAAUUCUUUGUCUCAGACACUGUUCCUGCUACAGAAAAGACAUCUAGAAAGAACUUCAAUGAACCGCAGUGGAUUUCUGCUUUGCAUAGAAUAGUAUAUAGAUUGAUCUCUUAACAAUCCUCUUAAAACAUUUGCCAUUUGUUGGAAAUAAUUUUUAAUGAAGUAAAAAAAUGGUUACAAUUAAAAACUGAAAAUAAUAACAGUGUGAACUGUGCGCUCUAGGUAUUUUUCCAUGUCACUCAAUUUACAUAAAGUAUUUUUAUUAAAAUAGGUCAUUCUGCACACUGUCCAGAAAAAAUACAAUUUUUGGCAGAUCUAUGCAAUUAUGGAAAGAAAUCUCAUGUGUACAAUUCAAACAAAAAAUUCAACUUUUGCUACUUGUAUAUUUAGAUUUUUAUAUUAGGUGUCUUUCCUUAAUCUGGAAUUCCAUCUUUUUCCUUCAUUCCCAAUACCAUAUAAAGUUCUAGAGUAAAUAUCUCCUUCACUUUAGGAAUGCUCAACACAAUUCCCUGGCUCUAUUUAUAAAAAGCAGUGUGAUUUU